AUGAACCCCUCCGACCUCGAGAAGGGCCACUCCUCUCCCCCCUCGACAGCGGGGUAUCAUGCCGACACAGAAUUCCCCCCAAAACACGAACACCCGCAUGAGCACCCACAUGCGCCGCGCGACGGCGAGCUCGCGCUCGCCGAGACCUCUCCCGCCUCGCACCCCCCGCCCGGGGUGGGACCAGCCCCCGACGGCGGGUUCUGGGCCUGGACGACCGUGGCGGGCGGGUAUUUAGCUGUUUUCGUCCAGUUCGGCUUGAUCAACACCUUUGGCGUGUUCCAGAGCUAUUACGAGGUCAACCAGCUGCGAGACUACAGCGAGAGCGAAAUCGCUUGGAUUGGCAGUGUCCAGCAACUCAUCUUGUUCUUUGUGGGACUGUUUGUUGGACGGGUGUUUGAUGCGCAUGGCGCGCAUGUCCUGCUUAUUCCGGGGGGCAUCAUCUUCGUGCUCAGCUUGAUGAUGACUAGUUUGUGCAACGAAUACUACCAGUUCUUCCUCGCCCAGGGCCUUCUCUUCGGUCUUGGCUCUGGGCUCAUCUUCUAUCCCGCAAUCGCAGUACCGGGACACUGGUUUGCGCGCAAGCGCGCGUUGGCGAUGGCGAUCGUGGGCUCCAGCUCGGGAUUGGGGGGAACAUUAUGGCCCAUUGCGCUUAAGCGGCUCUUCGACGAGAUUGGAUUCGAGUGGGCCAUCCGAACCGUCGCCUUCAUCAGCCUGUUCCUCUUCGCCCUCUCGUGGUGCAUGGUGCGCACGCGCCUGCCGCGGAAGAAGCCCACGCCCUGGCGCGCUUUCUGGCACCCGCUGAAGGAGUCUCCCUUCCUUUUGAUGACGGCCUGCGUCUCCCUCGUGUUCUUUGGGAUGUACACGCCCUUCUUCUUCGCGUCUAACCGCGCACUCGAGCUCGGCGCAAGUGACAGUCUGGCCUUCUACACCAUCGCCUUCAUCAAUGCCGGGAGCACUAUUGGCCGCCUCGUCGCCGCGGUCGGGGACCAGUGGGGCGCGUUCAACGUGCUCAUCGUCUCUGCCCUCGGCAGUACAUUGUCUCUGUUGGCGUUCUGGAUCCCCUCCGUCAAAUUGGGCGCGCUGAUCGCGUGUACACCGACUUAUGGGUUCUUCGUCGGCAUGUUCAUCUCCAUCAUCCCCGCUUGCGUCGCUCUUACGGGCCCAGCGAGCGAGAUUGGCCUGCGCGUCGGAUUGCUGUGGACCAUCGUUGCCGUGUUUGCGUUUACUGGGCCGCCGAUUGGCGGCGCCAUCGUCGGUGAACAUCCCGGCGAACUCGGGUAUCAGCUUGCAGGCGUUUUCAGCGGUAUCGUCACGUUCGCGGGGUUGAUUUGUGGGAUGGGGAGCAAGAUCAAGAUCGGGGGCAGUCUUUGGGGCAUCAUGUAG